CUUAAGAUUUAAAGAUUAUGUAAUCGGCUUAUUGUAGAAAGUCCAUGCAAAUACAUGCAGAUCUUUCCAAGUAGAAAAAAUAGAGAUAUUUGUGCGGGAUGUGAUUCGGCGCGAGGCGCAGCCGCGUUUCAUUUUAUCGACUGGUUAUUCCCGGCACCGCUCAACUACGGGAUUUCGAUCCUCCUCACCCUGGCACAAGACCAAAACGGCACUCGAAACCUGCGCACUUGCAGCCUCGGCAUGAGGACAGUCAAUCUAACGUGCGCCCUUAGGAAACACAAACCGCUGCGUAGAUCAUGAAAGGGGCGCGCGCACACCUUUACCCCCUACUAUCUUGACCUGUUCUUUACACGGGUCAACACGCGAACCACCGUGAGAGGUACAAUUAUAUCGUAAAUACAAUUGCUCUUUCUCUCGUCCUUCCAUUUCUCUGUGUCAUUAUCCGGGAUGUGCAAGUCGAUGAUUAUUAGUUCGAGCUCCGAAGCGUAUCGCUCCUCUACGAAGUAGUGCGAAGAGAUAUGAAUUUGGAGAACGUUCGCUCAGAUUCAUUUCGGAGGAUCCUCGAUUGCAGAUAUGACGCUCGUUCGUUAUUUCCCGAGGAGGGUGCUCCGUCAGCUCCGUGUUGUGUGACGCACUGUGACGCACAGUGAAAGGGUUGCUGGCGCAACGCCCGUACUACUGGUCGGAUGCUGUAAACUCGAUAUACUUUCGUCAAUCGUUAUUUUUUUUCUGAGCAGAAAGAUCGAAAAUUUUUUUUUUAAUAUUACAUGAAUUUAGUGUUUAUUAAUGUAUGAAGAGAGUUAUAGGGACGAUGCAGCGAUAAAUAUUAUACUAGGCAGUAUGUGACUUUCGCGAAAUUUAACAGAUUGGUGGAUCAAGGUGUUACAAUUCAGAGUGGAUAUGGUAACUAUGAACUCCGAAAAGUCGGCUUGCCGCCGAAAACCAAUAGAGAAAAGUAGCAGUAGCAGUAGCAGCAAGAAGGCGACCGAGCAUGUCGAUGAUGUAGAUAAAAAGAAUGAGGAUGAUCAUACGAAUGAUUCCCCAGAUUUAUCUCCCAAUACUCCUACGUACAACGUCACUGCCUCUUGCGCCGAAGACACCCCUAAUUACCUCGUCUACAAAAAGAUGGAAUCGAUCGUGGAAAAGAUGUUGGACGAAUUUACCGGUGUGCCCGUGAAAACAGUCAAGACUUUCAUGACGAAGACGCCGUCUGUUUUCACAGGCACAGAUCUUAUAGCAUGGAUGAUGAAGAGCAUGGAUAUAGAUGAUCAAGAGGCUCUUCACGUGGCUCAUCUUAUGGCAUCUCAUGGAUAUUUUUUUCCUAUCGACGACCACUGCCUUACCGUAAAGAGCGACAACACAUUCUACAGGUUUCAAACACCAUAUUUUUGGCCAUCGAAUUGUUGGGAACCCGAGAAUACUGAUUAUGCUGUCUAUUUAUGCAAAAGGACGAUGCAGAAUAAAACGCGAUUGGAAUUGGCGGAUUAUGAGGCGGAAAAUCUGGCUAGAUUACAAAAGAUGUUUUCGCGAAAAUGGGAAUUUAUUUUUAUGCAGGCAGAAGCACAAAGCAAAGUUGACAAGAAAAGGGACAAAUUAGAAAGAAAAGUCCUGGAUAGCCAAGAGAGAGCCUUCUGGGAUGUACAUCGACCAAUGCCUGGAUGUGUAAAUACUACGGAGCUAGAUAUCAAGAAGGCUUGUCGCAGUUAUAAAACUGUUAUACAACCAAGUAAGCAUUUGCAACUGGGUGUCGCAGGUGGUAGAAUAUCGCCGUCUGCAGAAUUGAGUGCGACCUCAUCGAUAGAAUUUUUGCAGAAGGAGAUCGAGACUCUGAAAGACAGAUUGGACAAGCCCGUCAUCAAGGUCUCGAAAGUAGCAGAAGCUUUGAUCGGGUACUUUGAACAAUACAUGGAAUACGAUCCCUUUUUCACCCAGCCUGAGCUCACAAAUCCAUGGAUUUCCGAUAGUCCGGAAAUGUGGGAGCCAGAAAAAUUAGCGAAAGAAAUAUCUACGAGAAGAGUAAAGAGGUGGGCAUUCAGUCUUCAAGAACUUCUACAAGAUUCCGUUGGUAGAGAACAAUUUAUACGCUUUUUAGAUAAAGAAUUUAGCGGCGAAAAUCUCAAAUUUUGGGAAACCGUUCAGGAAUUGAAAACUUUACCGCAAAAAGACGUCCAGACGAAAGUCGAAGAGAUAUGGCGUGAAUUUUUGGACACAGAUGCAAGUUGUCCCAUCAAUGUCGAUUCUCAAUCCUACGAGAUUACCAAAAAAAGUUUCGAAAAGCCGGACCGAUGGUGCUUCGAUGUUGCUGCGGCGCAUGUAUACCAUCUAAUGAAAAGUGAUAGUUACUCGAGAUAUUUACGCUCGGAAAUGUAUAAGGAUUUUCUUAAUGGAUCUAAGAAAAAGACCUCUGUAAAAGGUAUUCGCUCUAUCGUUUCCUUCACAGGACGAAGAGACACAACAACUUCGUAACCUGCCACUUUUUAGCACUUGUUAUAAUCUUACAUCUCUUCUUGCCAUUCCGCUUUUUUUUUGUUUCUGUCAAAAAUUGCAUAAAGCUGUCAACAAAAUCAGUGCUGUCACAAAAUUUUAAAAAUGAUUUUUUCUAUUUAAUUUUAUCUUAGUACCAACACACCUAUAAUUAAAUAUUUGAUAUCGAUA